GUAAAUUCCUCAUUUUAGCUUAAAAUAAUUAGGCUUCCUGAGGGUGAUGUCAUGGAUGUGAUCAAGAACUCUUUCAUUAAUUGGUUUUUCUUAAGCAGAAAUAUUGACAAUCUCUAAUGAAUCUCUGUAAAACUCAGCUAAAUCUCAUGGAGGAUCUAGCCCAUAAUAGAUUAUUUUGGAUGUGUUUAUAAGUGGGUACAAAAGGUUAAUACAAGCUUAUCUGAAUUGCAUGCAGUACAUCUAUAUGCAGGUAGAGCAUGAUAAAAAUAUAAGUUCAGAUACAAUCUCUGCAUGUCUCUGUGCUGUCUCACCAUGCAUGGAGUAUGUGCACAUGCACCACAGAUGCUCAGCCUUGGGUCAUCUGGUCAGUGAUGUGUACAGGACAAGUCUCCUGUUCUCCACCUGCUGAUACCCCUUCUGAAUCUUGUCUUUUCACAGACGUGGAUGAAUGUGCCCUGGGCCUUGAUGACUGCCACCCAGAUGCUAUUUGUCAAAACACCCCAAAGCUCUACAAGUGCAUGUGCAAAGUGGGUUACACUGGCGAGGGGAAGAAAUGUGAAGACAUUGAUGAAUGUGAUAAUGACUUCAAUGGAGGCUGCGUCCACGAGUGCUUCAACAUCCCAGGAAACUACCGCUGUACUUGCUACGAUGGGUUUAUGUUGGCUCAUGAUGGCCACAACUGCCUGGAUACAGAUGAAUGCAUGUUCAACAACGGUGGUUGCCAGCAUGUUUGUGUCAACACCGUGGGGAGCUACGAAUGUCGCUGUAAGGAGGGGUUCUUUCUGAGUGAUAACCAGCAUACCUGCAUCCACCGCUCUGAAGAAGGGAUGAGCUGCAUGAAUAAAGAUCAUGGCUGUGCCCACAUCUGUAGAGAAACACCCAAAGGAGGAGUGGCCUGCGAAUGCCGACCAGGAUUUGAACUGUCCAAGAACCAGAGGAGCUGCAUUUUAACAUGUAAUCAUGGAAAUGGUGGCUGUCAACAUACCUGUGAUGAUGCUGAUAAUGGGCCUAUUUGUGGAUGUCACCCCAAGUACAUCAUGCAUGUGGAUGGGAAAACCUGCCUGGAGAGGGAAGAGGCUGCUGUUGAAAUUUCUGAGGGCAACACUACAGCAGGAGCUGAUGUGGACAAGAGGGUGAAGCGACGGUUGCUCAUGGAAACAUGUGCGGUAAAUAACGGUGGCUGUGACCGUACGUGUAAAGAUACAUCGACUGGAGUUCACUGCAGCUGUCCUGUUGGAUUCACUCUCCAGUUUGAUGGGAAGACAUGUAAAGAUAUUGAUGAAUGCCAGUCCAACAAUGGAGGCUGUGAUCAUUUCUGUAAAAACACUGUUGGCAGUUUUGAUUGCAGCUGCAGAAAAGGAUUUAAAUUAUUAACAGAUGAGAAGUCUUGUCAAGACAUUGAUGAAUGCUCUUUUGAACGGACGUGUGACCACACGUGCAUCAAUCACCCCGGCACCUUCGAGUGCACUUGUAACAAAGGAUAUGCUCUCUAUGGCUUCACACAUUGUGGAGAUAUUAAUGAAUGUAGCGUCAACAAUGGUGGUUGCCAACAGCUGUGUGUGAACACGCCGGGAGACUAUGAAUGCCUGUGUCACUCUAACUACAAAUUACACUGGAAUAAAAAGGAUUGUGUUGAGACAAAGGGUCCCUUUCCUGAUAAUGUGUCACCCAAGGUCUUGCUGCACUGCAUUAAGAGUGGUGGGAGCAAUAGAUGCUUCUUAAGCUGCUCCUCGGAUGUCCAGGUAUUUUCUGGAGCACAAGAUGCCUACACCCUCACCUGUGGCAGGUCAGCUCAGCUUAAGAAAAAGCAGGAAAAUACAAAUGCAUCCAGCUGGUUGGAUACUUCAGCCAUCAAGAUAAGUGUAACCUUUAAAUUAAAUGAAGGAAAAUGUAGUUUGAAAAAGACUGAGCUGUUUCAAGAAGGUCUGGAACAGAUGAUACCAGAGAGACAUAAUUCGGUAAUGGAGAGCUUCCACUAUGUAAACCUAACAUGCAGCUCUGGCAAGAAAGUUCAUGGAGCCCUCAGUAGACUGGCAGCAACUAAAGAAAUCUUUAUCACUGCGGACUUUGAGCUUGAAACAAGCCAAAAGGAGGUGACAGACACGUGUGACUUGCGCUGUGCGCGGAAGAAGACGGAGAAGAGGUUCCGUAAAACCAUCCGCACCCUGCGGAAAACUGUCAGCAGGGACCAGUUCCGCGUUCGUGUCUCUGGCACAGACCAUGAAGUGGCCAGAAAGUCUCUCAAGCUGUCGGAGCCCCAGCAGUCUUGUGGCGUAGGGCAGAUGCACGUGGGUAGCAGAUGUGAUCAGUGCUCACCAGGUGAAUAUUCUUCUGAUGGCUUCAAGCCCUGUCUGCCAUGUCCCCUUGGAACAUACCAGCCUGAAGCUGGGAGAGUGUCCUGCUUUCCCUGUGGAGGGGGUCUGACAACAAGACAUGGCAGUGCAUCCUUGUUUCAGGACUGUGAGACCAAAGUUCAGUGUUCACCUGGCCAUUUUUAUAACACCACAACUCACCGGUGUAUUCGCUGCACAGUUGGGACAUACCAGCCUGAGUUUGGACAAAAUUACUGCAUUUCAUGCCCUGGAAACACCACUACUGAUUUUGAUGGGUCAACAAAUAUAACGCAGUGCAAAAAUAGGCAGUGUGGAGGUGCACUGGGAGAUUACACUGGAUAUAUUGAAUCACCAAACUAUCCUGGGGACUAUCCUGCAAACACUGAGUGCACUUGGAAUAUUAACCCCCCGCCAAAACGCCGCAUUCUGAUUGUGGUUCCAGAAAUAUUUCUACCAAUAGAAGACGAGUGUGGAGACUACCUGGUGAUGCGGAAAAGCUCUUCUUCCAACUCGGUGACCACGUAUGAAACUUGUCAAACCUACGAACGCCCUAUAGCUUUCACUUCUAGGUCUAAGAAGUUGUGGAUCCAGUUCAAGUCGAAUGAAGGGAACAGUGCCAAAGGAUUCCAGGUUCCUUAUGUAACAUAUGAUGAGGAUUACCAAGAACUAAUAGAAGACAUUGUUCGGGAUGGUAGACUUUAUGCAUCUGAAAAUCAUCAAGAAAUACUUAAGGACAAGAAACUAAUAAAAGCAUUGUUUGAUGUGUUGGCACAUCCACAGAACUACUUCAAAUACACAGCCCAAGAGUCAAGAGAGAUGUUCCCAAGAUCCUUCAUUCGACUGCUGCGCUCUAAAGUUUCUAGAUUUUUGAGGCCUUACAAAUAGUUGGCACUGGACUUAAAAAACUAACCAACCAGCCCUGGGCAUGCACAGGGGGGUUGUGGUAGGUGGGGCUGCUUUCUGUGUUUUAUACACUAGCAGAGAAACUCCAGGGAAGCUUGCCAGCUCUGUUCUUGGAAGAGUUUGGCUUUCUCAGCUAAUAUAAACAUUCUGAUGAACAUAAUUUUGAUUCCUUUCCAGGUAAUACCUUUUGGGUACCAAAGAUACUUCAUGGAUCUCUGAAUUAGAGACUGCCUAUUAUUUCUGUAACUGGAUGGUGCCAAGCAGAAGUUUGUGGAGCUCUGCCCUAUUGCUUCAUCAGUAACUCUAAAAGCUAAUGAGGACAGACAAAGUAGUGUGGUUUGGGAUGAGCUCUGGGCUGCCAUUAAUGCACGUUACCUCAACAAAGCUGGGGUCAUGUUUGAUCUUGCUGAAAGUGAGAACAAGAUUGAUGUCUCUCUCAGCUUUUGCUAUGCAGGAAAUUCAGAGCUAAGACUGAAGUAUUUUGAGUCCAAGUCAGUGAGUCCAAGGUAAUAUUUCUCUGAACUAUAUAUUAUAUGAAGCAUAUGGAGGAAUAAGCAAAGGGUUGGGAAUAUUAGCUUGAAUGCUCUGGGUCUGGAUCAUACUCUAUUCAUGUUAAUGACCUAUUGGUUUAAAUGGAGUGAUACCAAAAGAGAACCAGGGCACCACAGCAAUGGAAAACAGAUGCUGACCCACUGAACACUUCUGUUUUGGGCUGGCUGCAAAUGUUACAGCAGAACAGAUUAUUUGCUAAAUCCUGGUGCUCUCCCUGUGCAUGGGCCUGGGACAGCAUGAGGCCAUUGGCUCUUCCAAGUAAUAGUAAGUUCUGUCCUCUAAGCACCUGCAGUUGAACAUACAAGCCCUACUUUAAAUGCAGGCUUUGCAUGAAUUAUGCUGAUGUACAUAACUGUUUAAACCUGUAUGAGGUUCUUACCUGAGCCUCUAUCCUUAUAUUCCUUACCUUGUCUGAGCACCUUGCAAUGACCUUGUUGAGCAGAGAAGGGCUGCUUUCCCUCUCUUGCUGGAGAGAAGCAGACGUAGAAAGAUAUUCCUCAAUCAGACUGGGCCACAAAAGUCUCUCCGACAAAAUGCUGCUCAAGGUUCCCAAACUCUGUGUCCACACAACUCAGGUUGUGUUUCUUAUGAGAGAGAAGGUUAUUCUAAAUAGGCCUGUAGGGAGAACUGUGCUGAUUAAAAUAUUGUCUCCAUACUUUUCUGUCCACACUUAUAUUAUCUGGCCAUGCAGACUGUUUCCUCAGUGUAACGUGCCUUCUGUACUGAAGGGAAAUGGCUGCAGUCCCACUCACGUGGAGAUGGACUUACCACCUCAAUGUUUCAGUCACUUGCAAUGCCCAGUGAUGCAGUGGGUGCCAAACUUCCUCUGUGUGCCCCUUAGGAAAGGCACUGAAAUUUCACAGUGUAGCCAGGACAAAUGCUCCCCUCCCUAAGGUGUGGAGUCAGAUCUCCAUGGGUUUCUUUGCAUUGGCAUGUGGUAUUUAACUGUUGCAUGUGAAUAAUACCACAUCCACAGUGUGACAGAUGAAACCCUCACCAAAAGCCAGGGUCUGAACCUCUUCCUUACUCUGUUAGGAGCAAAUGACUACCAACUGCAGCCUUGCUGAGCUGUCCCUCCAGGGCAGCCCUGUUCUGCAGCACGUGAGGCAGUGCAGCCUGUCUUGUGGUAAGGGCACAUCUUGGUCACGGUGUGGUGGGAUGGGGCAGUGGUUUGAGGCCACAGCUGGGGAGCAGAGCCUCUCAGGAUGGGAGAUGUGAUCCUGUGUUCCUCUUGCUACUGCCCAGAAAGAACUGCCGUGGUCUGAGUGGAGGAGGGAAAUGACUUGUGUUGCUGUCAAGAGGGAGGACUUUGUCCUAGCUGGCUGUGCUGGGACUCCUGCUCCACUUCAAGAGCUGCUUGUAGAUUUCUGUGGCAGGGUGGUGAGGGCCCGUUCCAAGAACAGGGCUGCUGGGCCUGCAGUAAAGGGGAGCAAAUGGGCUUGGGCAGGAGGAGUGAGGCAGGGUUGUGAAUUAGCAGAACAGAGGGGAGAGAACCUGGGUCCUUGUGCAUUCCUGGCUGGUGAGCUUCAUCCUGAAGAGGGUCCCUGCUGCCUUAGUGGGGAGGGAACACAGGGGUUAUCUGGAAGAAGGUGUGAGGCAGUGUGAUCGGUGAGAGGAAUGGCUAGGAGAUGGCAAAACAAGAGGAAGGGUGGUGAGCAAGGUGUGCUGCCUCUGUGGUGAAAUUACUGUUGUGUUGAGAUCCCAGGAAGGUAUUUCAAGAUAGUUCCCUCUAGCUGCACAGCUCCUACAUCUCUGCUUCAUGGCUUCUCAUGCCAGGUGCACUGUGUCAGCAAGUCACAAUGACCCACCAACCAUCUCUAUGUGGCAAUGGAGCAUCUGGAAAUGGUUGAGAUGCUGCAGUUAUGCUCUGAGUGCACGGGUGCAUUAGAGGCCUGCUGGUGGGGCACUGGGAGGAGAGGACCAUGGUAUGCCAGCUUCUGGGCCAGGCUCAGCUGAGCGGCUUUGCUGUGGUCUGUGUGCUCUCUGCCAAGGGAAGCAGGCCAGUUCUUGCUGUGUUCCUCCCCCCAAGAAAGCUACAGAUCUGCAUUGUUCUGUUUCAACGUUGCUGAGUGACACACAAAUCAGAGUGAGAGAUUUCAACACAGGUUCAGCGAAACAAAAGUUGUGAAACAUCCAAAUAUUUAUAAUUGGUGAAAUGGGGCUUUCCUGCCCUGUGCAUGAGUUACUGACUGGGUUCUGGGUUGGUGGCAUGGAACCUCAUCUUGUAGGCACGCUGUUCUAGCUCUGCUCUGCUGCUCCAGGACCAGUGUCUGGCCUUCCGUCUGAAUGGUGGGUGUCAACUUUGCUUCUCUGUUGCCCCCGUGUGCACAGGCCAUGGUUGUUGUUGUCUGUGGAAGGAGAGGAGUGUAUCAGUGUGGUGCAUACUCUGGGGGUAGGAGAAAAACCUGCCCCUUCUUGAAGAAGAUUCCUUUUUCUCCACAGCCCUGUUGGUUUUCUACAUAAAAAGUAAAUGACUCGGAAGCACUUCUGUUACCCUUGAAUGUAACACUAUGAAUAAAGAUUUUCCCUUUUACUGUAAAUCCUGUGUGGGUAGUAAAAAGUGAAGGGGGAAUUUUUGCCAUCUUAAAUAUUGGGAGAAGCGUUAACUGUUGCAGAAUGUUGUAACACUUGGCAUUGGAUCUUCAUAGCAAUGGUAGAGGCUCUGUGGAAAUUUUAAUUUCUGCUUUCUGUGUGGUUGUAGACUGUUACUUUUUGACAACAAAUGACUCAAAAAUGUUUAACCUUAUAAAACAGGAUUGAACUUUAAAAAUAAUAAUUAGUGUUAACUGGAUGACUUAAUGUCACCUACAUGAGAAAAAAUAAGGAUCUUUUUCCAUUAUUGUAAAUUAAUGUAAAACGUUUCAGACUGUUACUCUUAAUAAGAGAAAUAAACCAGUGAACUUUUAGUUGCAUGAAAACCUG